GGGGCGCCGCGCGGCGCCGCCGUUGGGUGCGCGGAGGGAGGAGGGCGGCGCCCCUCACUCAGCUCCGCACCUGUGUGGGGACGGCGGCGCUCGCGGAGGGAAGCCGAGCUGCCACCCCGCGGAUGAGCGGGGGAGGGUAUCCGAAGGCCGGCGUUGAAACCGGGACCGCGUGUGAGGCGCUGGUGCCGCUCGUGUGCCUCCUUUUCCCUCCUCCCCGUUGCGGGGCUGGUGCGGCGGCACAGCUGAGGGCGAUGAGAUCGGAGCCGCACCUGCGGCGGUCACCUGCAGAGCGGCGUCUGUGGGGCCCUCACACACCGCCCAUCGGGUCGGGCGGCUCGCGGGGUCCUUAUUUCCAGCACUGAGAACGUGGAGGGGCAGAGCUGCUCGUUUGUGCUGAAGGAGACGCUCCCCAACGGCCCUCCAAAGUUCCUGUGCUGUUGCAGAUCUGCUGUCCCAGGGGUACCACAGGAGCCCCUGUUUGGAGGCUGGGGCUUUGCUCGAGUUAGGCUGAAUAAAUGUGGGUGAAUGGUUCAUGUCUCUACGUGGUCACUCGUGUUCUGAUUGCUGGGCUCUCCGAUCACCUUUGUUUCCAUGCCCGUUGAAAUCAGGUUGCUGUUAAUGGGUAUGAUCAGUACUGUAUGAACAGGGCAUUUGGAACUGUGCUCUGAAGUGAAGGUUGAGAGAAAAAUGAGUACUAUUCUCCUCUUUGUUGACUGUAAUACUUGGUGAAAUCAUAGACUUGAGGAGAUUUCAGUAACAUUAGUACCUCAAACGUUAUCUGCACGAGGAAGUAAAGGUGGCUGAAGUUGCACUUCUAAUUUGCCAGUUUCCGGUACUGCUGUGUGGAAACAGGAGGAGGGCUGGAUAAUCCCUGUGGUCCUAAAGCCCAGCUGCCUUUGUUUGACUCUGUUGGAAUAAGCACAUCCCUACCUUGCAGCUGUGAGAUACGGUUGUUCUGUGCUCAUCUAGUCCUGAGAGCACAAGCCUACCUGUUCUUGCCCCAUGUCUCACAGGUAGAUCACUGCUGUGUCUCUGAGCGUAUGGUACCAUGCCUGCUGUUACUGCUUGUACCAUUGCCUCCUCAGUGUUGUACAGGAGCUGAAGACUUUGAUGUCUGUAGCUCCGCUGCUUCUUUGCAGCUGUUGCAGAGCAGCCUGUCAUUUAUUUGAACAGUGCCAUUGCAGUCUGGUGGGUGGCUGGCUGAUUUCUGGAAGGUUUACUGAACCCUCUCCCUGCCCACCAUUGAUGCUAAAAAUAAGGUGUGGAGUAGUUGUAUGUCUUAAAACAGUCCUUGUAUUGCUGUCUGCAGAUGCACUGAAGGAAAGAAGUCCCUCUGUGUUGUUGUUUCAUCUUGAGUUAUGGGUGCUCACUUGGAUGAGGAGCACAGCAUCUGUCACAGCUGUACAUAAUCCAUAUAGACUGUGCAAAUAGAUGCUUAAAGGCAAUGCUGUUUUAACAACUUUUUUAAAGUGGAUUGGUUCCUGGUGAAAUUUCAACUUCUGAGGCAAUUUCAAGAUUACUCUUACCUCUGUACCCAAACGAGAAAAAGAACAGUAUAGACAUGGUCUUUUCACUUGUGAAACAAGUUAGCUUUAGUGCGUGGAAGGACUCGGUAUAGUUCUAGACUGGAUGUGUAAGGCUGGGAAAUCCAGUCCUGAUGGAAGCCAGCAGUAGUCUCUGUGGAUUUCUUACUGGAACUCAUCUGGAUGAUAGCUCCAAGGAUACUGAUAGAUGAAUGUAUAAAUCACUUCAGGGAGGAUUUUUUGACAUCUGUUUGAUAUUGCGAUUCCUCAAGCUAACAGCAGCUGUAGUGCAAGUACAGUCGUGAAAGAGAUCGUUCACACUAAUACUAGAAGCAUGGGAUUGGGAUAAUGAUACAAAAUCUGGUGAAGACUUGUUAAUAGAACGAGUGGCACAUGCAGGCAUGAUCAACCCAGAAGAUCGCUGGAAGACACUCCAGUUCAAUGGUCCUGUUGCCAAUUUUGAAGUACAAAUAAGGGUGAAGUGUGAUGAAAAUUACUACAGUGCUCUGUGCAAUAAAUUUUGUGGCCCUCGAGAUGAUUUUGUUGGUCACUACACAUGUGAUCAAAAUGGAAACAAAGCCUGCAUGGAAGGUUGGAUGGGAGAAGAAUGUAAACAAGCUGUAUGUAAACAAGGAUGUAAUUUGCUCCAUGGGGGUUGCAGUGUACCUGGGGAAUGCAAGUGUCAUUAUGGUUGGCAAGGACAAUACUGUGAUGAGUGUGUCCGCUACCCAGGCUGUGCUCAUGGGAGCUGUAAUGAACCAUGGCAGUGUAAUUGUGAAACCAACUGGGGUGGCCUGCUCUGUAACAAAGAUUUGAAUUACUGUGGAAAUCACCAUCCCUGCCUGAAUGGUGGUACCUGUAUGAAUACUGAACCAGACGAAUAUCGCUGUGCUUGCCCAGACGGCUACUCUGGAAAGAACUGUGAAAUUGCGGAGCAUGCUUGUGUAUCUAAUCCCUGUGCUAAUGGUGGAACUUGUCACGAAAUUUCAUCAAGCUUCAAGUGUCACUGCCCAUCAGGGUGGAGUGGACCAACAUGUGCUAUUGAUAUUGACGAAUGCGCAUCUAACCCUUGUGCUCAAGGAGGGACCUGUAUUGAUCAUAUUAACUCAUUUGAGUGUAUAUGUCCACAGCAGUGGAUUGGAGCAACAUGUCAACUUGAUGCUAAUGAGUGUGAGGGGAAACCUUGUGUUAAUGCUUACUCUUGCAAAAAUCUCAUUGGUGGAUAUUACUGUGACUGCAUUCCAGGAUGGAAAGGAGUAAAUUGUCAUAUCAAUAUUAAUGACUGUCAUGGACAAUGUCAACAUGGAGGUACUUGUAAGGAUGAAGUGAAUGAUUACCAUUGCAUAUGUCCUCGUGGUUUCACGGGCAAAAAUUGUGAGAUUGAGACAAAUGAGUGUGAAAGCAAUCCAUGCCAAAAUGGAGGCCGCUGCAAAGACCUGGUGAAUGGGUUCACUUGCCUGUGUGCGCAGGGCUUCUCAGGGGUCUUCUGUGAGAUGGAUAUUGAUUUCUGUGAACCGAACCCUUGCCAGAAUGGAGCUAAAUGCUAUGAUCUGGGAGGAGAUUAUUACUGUGCCUGCCCUGAUGACUAUGAUGGAAAGAAUUGCUCUCAUCUCAAGGACCACUGCAAGAACAAUUCCUGUAAAGUAAUAGACAGUUGCACAAUAGAAGUCUUCAGCAAUACUACCCAAGAAGGAAUUCGUUUCAUUUCAUCUAACGUUUGUGGCCCUCAUGGACGGUGUAUUAGUCAGCCAGGAGGGAAUUUCACCUGUGCCUGUGACAGAGGCUUUACUGGAAUAUACUGUCAUGAAAAUAUCAAUGAUUGUCUUGGGAAACCUUGUAAGAAUGGUGGGACAUGCAUUGAUGAAGUUGAUUCAUUUAAAUGUUUCUGCUCAAGUGGCUGGGAAGGAGAAUUGUGUGACACAAAUUUCAAUGACUGUUCUCCUAAUCCAUGUCAUAAUGGUGGCCGAUGCAUUGAUUUGGUAAAUGACUUCUAUUGUGAAUGUAAGAAUGACUGGAAAGGAAAAACUUGCCAUUCACGUGAAUACCAGUGUGAUGCAAAUACUUGUAGCAAUGGUGGAACGUGUUACGAUGAUGGAGAUACAUUCCGCUGUUCGUGUCCUCCAGAAUGGAUUGGAAGUACUUGCAACAUUGCUAAAAACAGCAGCUGUAUACCAAACCCUUGCAUGAAUGGUGGAACAUGUGUUGGCAGUGGAGACUCCUUUUCUUGCAUCUGCAAAGAAGGAUGGGAAGGACGUACGUGCACACAGAAUACCAAUGACUGCAACCCUCAUCCAUGUUACAACGGAGGCAUCUGUGUUGAUGGUGUGAAUUGGUUUCGAUGUGAAUGUGCUCCUGGAUUUGCAGGUCCUGACUGCAGAAUUAAUAUUGAUGAAUGCCAAUCCUCCCCUUGUGGAUAUGGUGCCACUUGUAUAGAUGAAAUCAAUGGAUACCGAUGCACGUGUCCCCCUGGAAGAGUUGGUCCUAGGUGCCAAGAAGUGAUUGGAAUUGGAAAGCCUUGCUGGCUUAAAGGAAUGACCUUCCCUCAUGGCAGCAGGUGGGAUCAAGAAUGCAACAGCUGCCACUGUUUGGAUGGCCGUAUUGACUGCACCAAGGUGUGGUGUGGGAAAAAACCUUGUCUGUUACACAAACAUUGGGAUAAUUCCAAUUACCAGUGUCCCAUGGGUCAAGAAUGCCAGGAGAAGUAUAUGAAAUGUUUUCAGCCGCCAUGCACUGAAUGGGGAGAAUGCAGUGCCUCUGAACCUCUGCCUGCUAAUAUCAAGUGUCUGCCUAAUUCUGGGUACUUGGACAAUGACUGUGCUAGGAUUACUUUAAUUUUUAAUGGAAACAAAGUCCCCCAGGGCACUACAACUGAAAGUAUCUGUUCAGAAAUUCGGUAUUUACCAGCUACUAGAUCUGUUUCCAGGGACAGAACACUGAUAAUAUUAUGUGAUCUGUCAUACUCCACAGAGAAUGCAGUAGAAGUUGCUAUUUCUUUUGUCCCACAUCGAGAUGAACAAGAUAAUAGUCUCAUACAGAAUGCUGCUAAUAUAAUAGUAAAUGCAAUCACCAAGCGGCAAAACAGCACUGUUAUGUUGGCAGUAACUGAAGUCAAAGUGGAAACAAUAGUUGUUGGGAAUUCAUCAUCAGAUUACUUGGUUCCAAUUCUUUGUGCGGUAUUUAGUGUUGUAUGGCUGACUUGUAUAAUCAUCUGUGUGUGGUGGACUCGGAAGAGAAGAAAAGAGAGAGAAAGAAGUCAUCCUCCCAGAGAAGAGGGUGCCAAUAACCAGUGGGCACCUUUAAAUCCCAUCCGAAAUCCUAUAGACAGAUCUUACAGUAACAAAGACAUUCGUUACGAAUGCAAAAACUUCAUAUCUCCUCAAAAGAGAACUUGUGAUGCAGUAGAGGAGUAUGUAGAGUAUGAGGAAGAGGAAGAUGAAGAGGAGGAAAGAGAUGAGGAAAUGGACAAGUUCCUCUCUCACAAACUCACAAAGCCUUUGCCCACAAAGGCAUCUGACGCAUCAGAGAGCAGUCCAGUAAAGAAGUCCCUUCAAAUAGGCAAAAUGGACAACAGAUCUGUAAAAAAUGUGAAUGCAUCAAACUUUGAAGGCAGUAGAGACUAAUCUGUAUUUGGAAUGUAGGCAGACUGCACCUACCCUUAUUGGGGAGAGGAAAAAUUGACAUCUCUGCUUUGCAUCAAGGACUAAAAAUAUCUGGAGUCAAAUGUUCAUAGUUUCUUUAUUUUGCGUAAAAAAAAAAUAAAUAAAAAUAAUAAUAAAUAAAAUUUAUUUUGUUUCUUUAGCCUUGUAUAAAUUAUUCAAUGACUGUCAGAUGAAAAAAAAUGAGUAAUCUUUGAUAGUUGCUAUUUUUGUAAAGUUUACUUAUAAUACACUCGCUGUGUGGCAGAGGAGAGGUUGUAUUUUCAAUAUGUGUAAAGUUUAUUACAAAAGACUGUACACUGUUUACAGAAUGUAUUUCUUUUUAUUACUUGCUCUAAUUUAAUGGUGGCUUUAAAACCUCCUGGUUGAGGAAAUUGUGUGAACUUUAAACUGCUUUCUUGACUUUGAAUCUCUAUUAAUGGCAGCUCACUGCACUUGUUACGUUAGUAGCUUCUGCAAGAUUUUUUCCAAAUUUGCCUUACACACUUUGUAACAGGAACAAAAAGAAAUUAUAGAGAUCUUUCAACUGUGGUUUAAAAGUGGCCUUUUUAUUUCUGUUUAAUUACUUUAGAAUUGCAGUAUUGAAGCAUGUGACAAGUGCCUUGAGAUGAAACUUUUUCUAUAGCAACUGUCAAAGACUGCCAUAUCGAUAUAGUAAAAUUGUGAGAACUCUAGGUUCCCCAACUGACACAGUUUAUUUUCUAAUAGUGAAAGUGCUUUUUUGUAAAUAUGUACAUAUUAAAUGAAUCACUCUGUAUAUUUGAUUUAAUAACUUAAAAUAUUUUGGUCUUUUUUUACAUGUCAUUCCUUUUAAUUUAUGUUGCAGAAAAGGAGGUUUUAUGGCAGUUUAUAAGACUCUUUUUUUGGUAUUAUGUCCAGAUUAGAAAAUGAUGUUAAUACAAUCAAUGUUAGGAAUCUGUUGGUCAUUUGUAUUUACAUAGGAGCAUAACCACUUACGUGUAAAUAGAUCCAGAAAUGUUUGUUUAUCCCCAUGUUCAGCCCAUCUCAAGAACACUAACAGGUGCAUCUACUGUACAGUACCAACAUAGCAAGGCAUUGUUUUUUCUUUUGUGAAUAUGUUAAUUACAUGUGGUAUUACUACUUUUGCGUUUAAAUACAGGCCUAAUGAAGGGAACAAUAUUUUCCUCAAUCUUGUUUCUGUUGUGCUUUAUUCAUCUUUCGAUCUAAAGGAAAAAGGCUGGCAAGCUCAGAAGGUGGGAGUACCUCAUUGGAGAUGGUUAUUUGUAAGGGAAGGCUUAGGAUUUUUUUUUUAAGGCUUUAUUAUUGCUAUUAACUGGGCAAAACUACGUUUGUUUUAAUCACUGAAGAAGCAUAACACUACAUACCCUAAGUUACCCUGCCAGCGAGAGGAGCGGAUGCUUGAGAGUAUCAACUCUGGCCCACGAACAAUAUAAACACCAAUGUUUUGAAACCAGUUAUUUUAUACAGGAACGCAGGAUUUGCUUUGCAGGAUCUUCUGUUUUAGUACAUUUUUGUUUGACAUGUUCUUAAAAAAAAAAAAUAAAUAACAAAAAACCUUUCAGAAAAGAAACUAUUUAUUAAAGCAUUUUAUAAUGAUGUUUGUUGUAACUUUUUUACUUGUGCUGAAUAUUCAGAACUUAUUUUGAUAACCUGGUUAGGAGUUUAGAAAAGGGUACUAUCCUUCUCAUGUUCCCCAGUAUAAUCCUAAGUAUUUAAACCAAAAACACUUUUUUUUCCUGCUACUCUUGUAACUUUUUGUACUGUAAUGCUGCUGUCUUCCAUAAUCUAAUAAAAUGAUUCCCUCAUUGUGUGUAA